UAGGAGGAAGGUUUUUAAAAAUAAGUAGUAGUAGAAAGUGAGUGAGUUUCGGAAGCCGGAGCUCCGGUGGUUAGGACUUAGGAUAACGACGGCGGUAUGGAGAUGAAGGCGGAGAAGAGCAAGAUAUUAGUAAUCGGAGUAACAGGGCGGCUAGGUUUUGAGCUAGCUAAGGCCAGCAUCAACGCCUCUCAUCCUACAUUCGGCCUCGUCAGAGACUCCGCAUUUUCCGAUCCCCACAAAUCACAAAAACUUCACUUGCUCUCCCACUCCGGCGUCACGCUUCUUAAGGGUUCAUUGCAAGAUGAAGAAAGCCUCAUUGAAGCAAUCAAGCGAGUUGAUGUUGUAAUAUGUGCCGUUUCAUCGAAGCAAGUCCCGGAGCAAAAGCUUCUUAUUCCGGCUAUCAAAAAAGCUGGUUGCGUCAAGAGGUUCAUUCCUUCAGAAUUUGGGUUGGAUGCUGACAAAACACGGGUUUCCAACAUGGAUAACAACUUCUAUUCAAAUAAAGCUGAAAUUAGGCGAAUUGUUGAAGCUGAAGGCAUUCCUUACACCUUGGUCUGCUGCAACUUCUUCACAAGUUAUUUAUUGCCAUCGCUUGUUCAGCCAGGCCUGAAAGCCCCUCCAAGAGACAAAGUCAGUAUAUUUGGAGACGGAACUGUUAAAGGUGUAUUCAUGAAGGAAAAUGAUGUUGCUGCUUUUACCAUCAACACAGUGGAUGAUCCGCGAACAUUGAAUAAAGUGCUAUACCUUAGGCCGCCUGGAAAUGUAUGUUCUAUGAAUGAGUUGGUUGAGAUCUGGGAGGGAAAAAUUAGUAAGAAACUGGAGAAGAACUAUGUAUCAGAAGAGGAACUCCUAAUGAAGAUUAAAGCAACUCCCUAUCCUGACAAUAUGGAGAUGGUUUUCAUAUACUCUGCAUUUGUCAAAGGGGAUCAGACCUACUUUGAUGUUGAACUGGAAGGGUCACAACUUUAUCCACAUACAAAAUACACCACCAUAAGCGAGUUUCUUGAAACGCUGGUGUAAGAUCCCCUGUUGUGGAAUAUUCAUCUACAUUCGGAACUAGUAUGUCUCUUUUAAUGCAUAGCGAGGUUUACAAUUCAUGCGAGUGCACUUUUCUUUAGUGUCAUUGUUGCUUGGACUGGAUUGUCAAUGUCCUUUUAUGAACCUUUCUGUGCAAGCUGGAGUGGAAAUGGAUAUUCAAAACAAAGAAUUCUGCGUUAUAAUCCAAAA